AAGGCGAGAAGACUGCGACUUUACUGGUUGCGCUGCAGGAAUCCGGAUAUGAUGAAAAUGUUUUAGACCUGAAGUGUUCCUAGUAAAUUCACCAACUGCGCGCCGAAGGCGUCAGGAGGAUCAUGUUUUCGACUUGUGUACGUCAAAACCAUCUAGAAUAUUUAGGACUGCAAACUUCUAACAGUUAAAGUUGGGGAAAACCCUCGGGUGUGAAGUUACUCUUCAAGUUUUCUUGUUUUAUUUUUCUUCCUAUCGUUUUGAGGAAACAGUUGAAGGACGGAGGGAUGGGGAUAAGUCAGAAUUGACGUGAGGGAGUUGUCAUGUUUCAAAGGACUGAGGACUGAGGGGAAAAAAAAGGAGGAACUACUUCUUCUGGUGGUGGUUUGUAAUUUUUUUUUUCUUCCUUCGAAGAGGACGACUGUCUCAUGUCCAAGGAGACUGUCCAUCCAUCAGAAGGGCCGGCGGGGCCAGGACAGGGCCCACGGCAAGAGACAAGUCCCCUGCUGUCAGCGUCACACGCAGCACACAGAAGCCUGUAUGAGGAGAAGGCAAAAGCCCAGACCCAACUGCAGUCUGAGUCUGAUCUGAAGCCAGUGUCUUCUGAGGAGGCGGAGGGAGAUGCUGCCAAGGACAAAAAUGGCUUUCACCACAACAGCUGCAGCACGCCUACAGUGACCAAUGGGACUGGAAUCCACUCUGCCGUCGGAAGCCCUGAGGGCACAAGGACGUGCACCUGCGGUGGCAGCAUCGGGGCUAGCACAACAAGCAGGUCAGGACCCGGGGACACAACGGCGACAACUGCACCAAAGACAGAGCAGCCCAGGAGGCAGCCGUCCACACCCGUGUCUCACAGGAUGCAGAGGAAGCUGAAGUCCAGCUUGUCUGUCAACAGUGACAGCAGCAGACGGAGCAAAGGCAGCUCCACAGGCUCACAGAAACCACCUUUACCAGAGGAUUGCUGUGUUCACUGCAUCCUCGCCUGCCUCUUCUGUGAGUUCCUGACUCUCUGCAACAUGGUGGUGGCCCAGGCCUCGUGCGGCGCAUGCACAUCCGAGGCCUGCUGCUGCUGCUGCUGUGGUGAUGACAUGGGCGACGACUGCAACUGCCCUUGUGACAUGGACUGCGGCAUCAUGGACGCCUGCUGCGAGUCUUCGGAUUGCCUGGAAAUCUGCAUGGAGUGCUGUGGCAUCUGCUUCCCCACAUAGGCUUUGAUGGUGUGGAUUGGGGGUCCAUCUGGACAAACGUAUAAACAGGUGCAUCUCAAUAAACGGUCAUCAAAAAGUUUUUAUUUUGAUAAUUCAGUUUACAAAGUGCAACUGUUCUCGGAUUCAUUACACAAACACAAAUAUAGAUCAAGCUUUUUGUUAUUGCUUAGGAUUAUAGCUCAAUGCUAUAAUGAAAACACAAAAUUCAGUUUCUUGGAAAAUCUGAAUCUUACACGGGACCAAUAAAAAAGGAUUUCUUACACAGAAAUGUUGUUAUUGCCUGCAUAAUUAUGAGGAAGACAUUGACUUGACAGUUGCCAGCAGAUGGUCUCUGACACCAGCAUGCUGUGUUCGAGUGUAUUAAUGAAAGGUUGAGUGGAAGGAAAAAGUGUGAUAGAAAAAGGUGCACAACGAUAUUCAGUCUUAAGAGGAUCGUAUGUGAACACCUUACUAGCUUUUUUGAAUUACUGCAUGAAUGCAGCAUGACAUCAAAGCAUGUCACUCUUUAUUUAUUAAAGAAACCCAGGUUGCUUUAUUAGCGGCCCUCAUCUCAACUACAUUGUUGGUCCUGGUGUCUCUCAUCUGCCUCUUGAUACUACCCCAGAGACUCUACAGGCUUUUGGACAGGCUAGUUUGCUAGCCAAUCAAACAUCGUUUUAUCAUGGUCAUUUGACGCGGUAUUAUA